GUUCGUCGCGCCCUCCGCGCGGGAGGCGACGCCUGCGCAGUGCGGCCUCAGAGCCGGUCGUUGUAUCCCGGCGCCGCUGUCUGGUCCCGAGCGCCAUGGCUGAAGAGGUGAGCACCUUGAUGAAGGCCUCGGUCCUGAUGCGGCAGCCCGGGCGGGUGCAGGAGAUCGUGGGCGCCCUCCGCAGGGGCGGGGGAGACCGGUUACAGGUGAUUUCUGAUUUUGACAUGACCUUGAGCAGGUUUGCAUAUAAUGGAAAGCGAUGCCCUUCUUCUCACAAUAUUCUGGACAACAGCAAGAUCAUCAGUGAGGAAUGUCAGAAAGAGCUCUCGGCGCUCCUUCACCACUAUUACCCCAUUGAGAUUGACCCCCAGCGGAGCAUCAAGGAGAAGUUGCCUCACAUGGUAGAGUGGUGGACCAAAGCGCACAAUCUCCUGUGUCAGCAGAAGAUUCAGAAGUUUCAGAUAGCCCAGGUGGUUAGAGAGUCCAAUGCCAUGCUCAGGGAGGGAUACAAGACGUUCUUCAACACACUCUACCAUAACAACAUUCCCCUUUUCAUCUUUUCGGCGGGCAUUGGUGAUAUCCUGGAAGAAAUUAUCCGACAGAUGAAAGUAUUCCACCCCAAUAUCCACAUCGUGUCUAACUACAUGGAUUUUAAUGAAGAUGGUGUCCUACAGGGCUUUAAGGGCCAGCUCAUACACACGUACAACAAGAACAGCUCCGUGUGCGAGAACUCCAAUUACUUCCAGCAGCUGCAGGGCAAAACCAACAUCAUCCUGCUUGGAGACUCCAUGGGGGACCUCACUAUGGCUGAUGGGGUUCCUGGUGUGCAGAACAUUCUCAAGAUUGGCUUCCUAAAUGACAAGGUGGAGGAACGGCGGGAGCGCUACAUGAACUCCUAUGACAUCGUGCUGGAGAAGGACGAGACGCUGGACGUGGUCAAUGGGCUGCUGCAGCACAUCCUGCACCAGGGGGACCAGGUGGAGAUACAGGGCUCCUGAGGGCACAGGCUCGGGCCAGGCCCUGCAGGCCAAGACGAGGAGAGGACGCCUCCCGGGGAGGCCAUUCCUCCGUGAGCACAGAGCAAAGUCCAGGACCGCUAAGACUGGGCCCUUCCAUGCUCCUCCUCUCCCCUGGUGCCUUCAUCACUGGAGGCUUGAGGAAGGCCCUGCCAGGUGGGGGCACAGGCGCUGUUCCCGAUGAACCAUGGACCACAGCAUGGUAGUGCUCUAAGAAUUGUCUAGUCCAACGAUUCUUUUUUUCAACAUUUUUAAACAUGUGAUGCUGUUCUUCAAACAAAUAUAAUGUAUGAAACAGAUCAAAAUAAAGAAAACUGAAGAAA